AUGGCCAUUAACAGUUCAAUUGAAGCUAAGUCGAAAUCGGAGAAGGACAUGUUGCUUCCGAGGAAGCCCGUGGAGCUGAGCAGCUCACAAACAUUUAGAUUAGCUAUUACUCUGCAGAAAGAAUGGACAAAACCCUCAUCCCCAAGGCCUUCAAAUUCGACGAGCUCUGGCUAUACAAAAGAAGUGUCUAGGCAGGUUCCUGCAAAUGAUAAGGAUGAUGGUGAUGGUGGAUAUGGGGAUUCCACUGAUGAAUCACAUGAGGAUGAGGGAGAUAAUGAAGACCCCAUAGGGGUUAAUAAAGGAAUUGAAGCAGAAGAUGAUGAUGUGUUCGGGUUAGGUCAGUUGCUCGAACAAUUGAACCAAUUUUAUGUUGAGAGCGAUGAUGAUAUUCAAAAUGAAGACAACACAUGUGACCUUGAUGGGAAUAUCGAUGAAUUUCUCGAAGAAGGGAUUGGUGAUGAUUUCCAUAACUUAAGGGGAUCAUAUGACGAAAGGGAGGUGGAUGGGGCUGCAUUAAGGGAAUGGUGCGUGAGGAGGAAUUAUGAUUUUAAAUGGCAGUAUAAUGAAGGUACAAGGUAUACUGCCAUUUGCAAACAUAGGUCAAUUUGCAAGUUUAGAGUUUAUGCUGUGAAGUUAGCUGAUGAAAGUACUUUCCAGAUAAGGACUUUCAUACCUGAACAUACAUGCGGACGUGAGAACAUUAAUCACUUGGUGUCUGCCUUAUACCUAGCUAAAAGAUACGAAGAUGACUUCAAGGAGAAUUCAAAGCUAGAUGUUCACGCAUUUCAAGCCAGAAUACAAAGGGAGUUGGGUUGUGAAGUUAGUUUAAAAAAGAUCUACAUGGCCAAAGCUGAAGCAAUAAAAAAUGUUGAGGGAGACCAUUUAGAGCAGUAUUGUAUAAUAAGGGAUUAUGCAGCUAUAAUUCUGGAGAAAGACAGAGGAAGUGUUGUUAAUGUUUGUGUAGAUCCUCAACCUCCAACCAUCGUAGAUGGAGUUCCAAAAGAAUUGCCCCCACGGUUCCAAAGAUUCUUUGUUUCCUUUAAUGCCAUGAAGUACGGCCUUAUACAUGGGUGUAGACCCUUUAUUGGUUUAGAUGGCUGCCAUCUAAAAUCAUACAAUGGAGGACAUUUACUCUCUGCUAUAGCUAAGGAUGGCAAUGAGAACAUUUUUCCCGUGGCCAUGGCUGUAGUUGAGCAAGAAAAUAGAGAGAGUUGGGGGCUGGCUCAGGCAUUUAAGGAGCAUUUUCCAAGGCUAGACCAUAGGUAUUGUUUGAAGUACCUAGUGGACAAUUUCAAGAAGCAGUGGAAAGGGAAGCAAGAAGUGGACAUUGUAUGGGAGGCAGCAUCUGCAACAACUGUCAAAGGUUUUGAAGUUACAAUGAAGAAGAUGCUACAACUUGAACAAAAGCAGGUGGCAAAUGGGAAAUGUGAAGAGGAUUCCAGUGCAAAGAAAAAGAGCUGCAUCUAUCCAAGAACCAAGAUCUUCAAGGAAGUCAGCUCCAGCCGGAGAAGAUAG